UCGCGGUCACGUGAGGCGGCGGCGGCCCGCUCCGGCUGCAGCCAUGGUGUCGGGCAGGGCGCUGCAUUUUGUCUUCAAAGUUGGCGAUCGCAGUCGCAGCGCUAAGUUUUACAGAGAUGUCUUAGGCAUGCAGGUCCUGCGACACGAAGAGUUUGAAGGAGGCUGUAAAGCAAGCUGCAAUGGACCCUAUGACGGCAAAUGGAGCAAGACCAUGAUUGGCUAUGGCCCCGAGGAUACGCACUUCGUGUCUGAGUUAACGUAUAAUUACGGAGUGGGUGAAUAUCGCUUGGGCAAUGACUUCUUGGGAAUUACGCUCCAGUCGAGUCAGGCGGUGAGCAAUGCCAAGAAGGAGGGAUGGCCGUUGACUGAAACUCACAAUGGAGUGUUUGUUACUGAGGCCCCAGGGGGAUACAAAUUCUACUUGGUGGAUAAGGAGCAGCCUGGGUCAGACCCGGUGCAGAAGGUGACCCUGGCUGUGUCAGACCUGCAGGCCGCAGUCAAAUACUGGUGCGAUUUACUCGGGAUGAAACUCUAUGAAAAGGACGACGCCAAGAAGCAGGUCUUGCUGGGUUACGCCGACGAUCAGUGCAAGUUGGAACUCCAGGAUAUUGGGUGCCCUGUCGACCACGCCACAGCCUACGGAAGGAUUGCAUUCUCUUGUCCGAGAGAGCAGUUACCAGGUGUAGAGACCCAGAUGAGGAAAGAGAAGCAAAAGAUUCUGACGGCGUUGGUGAGCCUGGAAACCCCAGGAAAAGCGACGGUGGAUGUGGUGAUCCUGGCAGAUCCGGACGGCCAUGAGAUCUGCUUUGUGGGCGAUGCAGCUUUUCGUGAACUCUCCAAGGUGGAUCCCAGUGCUGCCAAACUACUAGACGAUGCCAUAGCAGCAGACAAGAGCAACGAGUGGUUUGCCAAGCAUCGUAAGCAAAAGCCGUCUGCGUGAAAGGGGGCUGGAGGUGCUUGUGCAUGGAUCAUGCUGACUGUGUUUCCGAGGGGCUGUGUUGUUUAAGGAAUGAUUUCAUUUCUCUGUUUCCCUGACAUGGAAAAUGGUCACCAGAGACUUCCACCAUGUUCUUUGACAAGUAAACCUGUCCCCCCUACCAAAAUUGUUUAUUAUUUCACAAUAAAGUUUGGUUAUAGUUACACUGGUUGGUGGAAAUGUUGA